GAGAAAGAGAAGCAAUGGGAGCUGUUAGAGGGAAAAUGGAGAUUUUAUUUCGUGUUCUGAUUUUUACCUGCCUGCCCUUUGAGAUGUCUGGUGGUUUUCUUAUUAUCCACGAACAAAAACAACAAUGUAUUUAUGAAAGCAGUAACAUAGCACACGUGGGAACUUGCAACUUUACCAGUGUAAACCACCAGUGGAGAUGGAUGAAGGAUGAAAAGCUUCUCCAUGUUAGAUCUGGCCAAUGCUUGGCCGUCAUCAUGUCCCACGCUGCACAUUCCCGUAGAGCAAUCAUUGCCAAUUGCUCUGAGGCACCUAAAUGGACCUGCCACAGCAUGGAGGGACUUCUUGAGGUGAAAAAUAGCUCACUGUUCCUCAAGAAACAAGGCUCUAAGGCUGUUGUGAAGAUGGGUAGAAAAUAUCCCCAUAGCUGGAAAAAAAUUGAUGUCAAUGAGAAAGAAGAGCCUGUCUAUGGAAACCUAUGUUCACAAGAUGAUUUCCAAGAUGCUGAAACAUUUGUUCGGAGCACUAGAAAUACAUUCCCUCCCUUUAAUUCUAUAACGCAUAGUCCACAGCAUUCUCUUGGCAGUAGCAGUACAAUGAUUAUCAUCAGAAAUGUUACAGAGCACGACAGUAAAAACAUGGACAAACUCAAUCUUAACCAGAAUUUAUUUGAAGUGACAGAAAAACCCUGGAUUCCCACAACUACCCAUCAUUCCUCUAGCAUCACAAAACAGAGUGGUCUAGGAGCGCCAGUAAAAUGCACAGUCAACCAGACAGAACUGAAGGUCUCCAGCCGAUCUGUCUAUCUCAGGUGGAGCAGUCUGGGGAAUCCUUGUAACUUCAGUGUAACCUGCAACUCUCACAAUGCCUUAUACAGGAUUUGUCAGCCCAUCCAGAAAGCCAGUGGUUUAUAUGAAUGUGACUACAAUGGCUUGGAAGCAGGGACUUUGUACUAUCUUAGGAUUGUCUCUCUGUCUGAUGGAGAAACCAGCAACAUCACAUUGCGAACAGAUCCUUUGCCACCUGCAAGAUUUGAAAUUAAGAAGGAGAAAAUUGCAACCACAACUUUGUCAGUCUGGUGGAGCCCGUCACUAGGAAAGGUUGACCAAUAUGAGCUAGUGUUGCUGAAUAGUAUCAAAAAAGUUGAGGAGAUCCAUGUUCCUGGAGGUAAUUCAAGAAAUGAAUGGAUGUUUGAAAAUCUUACUCCUGGCACCAAAUACACCAUCUCAAUCACUGCAGUUGCUGGAGACAAAAGGAGUCCUUCAACUGAUAUCAGUGGUUCUACUGCACCAUCUCCAGUGGAAAAUAUUGACAUCUCAGUCAAAAUGGACUCAAUCCAUGUUUCUUGGUCAAAAGGGGCUGGAGAUGUGGAUCAAUACAGCCUAGUUUUGAUGGAUAAAGAUGUUCUUGUUCAACAAACAUAUCUAGAGAAACACUAUUUGUCAUACAGCUUUUCAGGAUUAACACCAGGAUGUUUGUAUAACCUCAGUAUCAUUGCCAAGGCUGAAAGUCUGGAAAACCCCAUUUCUCGAUUAAUUAGGACUGACCCAGCCAAAGUCUUAGAUUUAAUGGUAACUAACGAUGGCAGCCUGAAUUCAUUAAAAGUAUCAUGGAAAAGGCCUUCAGGGAACCUGGACUUCUUCAACGUCACCUUGUUUCAUCAUGGAUCUAUUAAAGGACAGAACACUUUACAGCCACAAGUCACAGAGACAUAUUUUGACAAGCUAAUUUCAGGAUGCCUUUAUCAGAUUGAUGUCAGAACAGUCAGUGGUGAACUGUUCAGUGAAAUGACAGCAUAUGGAAGGACAGUUCCCCAGAAGGUUUCAGAGUUGAAAGUGGACAGCAUGGAUGGAUUGAAAUCUCUGAAAGUAAGCUGGCUGCCCCCUACAGGAGACUGGGACAAAUAUUUUAUCACCCUCUUCGACCACACUCAAGUGCUGCUAAAUACUACAAUGCCAAAAGACAAACAGGAAUACAUUAUCAAGGACUUAGGGCUCAUUCCAGGAAGACAGUAUGAAGUGGCUGUUACUGUAGAAAGUGGAGGCUUACAAAACACAGCACGCUGCAAAGGAAGAAUAGCUCCACACCCGGUUCUUCAGCUUCGUGUAAAGCAUGCUAAUGAAUCCUCUCUCACUAUUAUGUGGGUGACCCCUCUGUCUGAGUGGGACGGAUAUGUGGUUUCACUGGGAGACAGAGCGCUUACCAUCCAAAACAAGGCUCUUGCCAAAGAAGCCAAAGAAUUCACCUACACUGACCUCUUACCUGGGCGAAAGUAUACUGCUACUGUCACCACCAUCAGUGGGGAUUUGAACAACUGGACUUCAGUUGUAGGACACACAGUUCCAGCACAAGUGACCAGCUUAAAUGUGACAAACCAAGAAACAACCAACAGCUUGUUUACCACCUGGACAAAGGCACGUGGAAAUGUAGAUUCUUAUCAAGUGUUGCUCAUUCAUGAUAACGUUGUCAUAAAAAAUGAGACUGUUUCCAGUAACACAAAUGGAUACCACUUCCAGUCUCUAAAACCUGGAGGACUCUAUUCAGUUGUUGUCACUACUAUUAGUGGAGGGAUAUCUUCCAGACAAGCAAUUGCUGAAGGAAGAACAGUUCCUGCCAGUGUAAGUGGCAUAACAGUGAACAAUUCGGGGCGGAGCGAUUACCUAAGUGUUUCCUGGCUGCCAGCUGUUGGAGAUGUAGAUAGCUAUUUGGUUACACUCUCUCAUGGAGGGCAAACUGUUCAUAUUCUCACCAUUGCAAAAUCUGCCAGUGAAUGUUCCUUCAACACCCUCAUCCCUGGGCGACUCUAUGAUGUGAUAGUAACCACAAAGAGUGGAAAAUAUGAGAACCGAUCCUUCAGUCAGGAAAGAACAGUGCCUUCAAAAGUCCAGGGACUUACAGUGAGCAAUUCUGCAAGAAGUGACUAUUUAAAGGUGUCCUGGCUACAUGCCACAGGAGACUAUGAUAAUUAUGAAGUGAUCAUCAAGCAUAACAAAGAGUUCAUCCAAACAAAAAAUGUCUCUAAGGAUGAAAACGAAUGUGUAUUCACUAACCUGGUUCCAGGGAGGCUGUACAGUGUCACUGUUAACACAUGGAGUGGGAAAUACAGAACAUAUGAAACAGCCAGUGAAAGGACAGUCCCAGAAUCCGUGAAGAAGUUGACUCUUAGUGGAAGAAGCACUGAAGAGCUGCAUGUUACUUGGUCCAAAGCUGAUGGUGAUUUUGAUCAGUAUGAAAUACAGCUUCUCUUCAAUGAUAUGAAGGUUUUUCCACCCAAUCAUCUUGAAAACACUGUUGAAAAUUUUCGGUUCACCUCACUCACUCCGGGACGCCUUUACAAAAUUCUUGUUGUGACCAUAAGUGGGAAAGCACACCGUGCAACUUUCAUAGAAGGACUGACAGUUCCAAGCGCUGUUAAGAACAUCCAUAUUUCCCCCAGUGGAAUGACCAACAGCUUGAAAGUGAAUUGGACCCCUGGAGGAGGAGAUGUUGACUCUUACACUGUUACAAUAUUCCAUCAGAGCCAUCUGCUUGAUACCCAGACAGUUUCCAAACAUGUAUAUGAGCACACCUUUAACAAACUGGAACCAGGAGAACAGUACACUGUUGUUGUACAGACAAAGAGUGGGACCUUGCACAACAAUGCAUCAGCAGUUGGACGAACAAUUCCUGCUCCUGUUCAGGAAUUGCAUGCAGACCACGCAUAUAGCAGUAAUUCCCUGGUGGUAUCCUGGCAUAGUGCAGCUGGUGUGGCUGAACGAUAUGACAUCCUGCUCCUGACUGAGCAAGGCAACCUUUUGAUCAACAAAUCCGAACCAGCUACUGCUAAACAGCACAAAUUUGAAGAUUUAACACCAGGCAAGAAGUAUAAAAUACAGAUGCUGACAGUCAGUGGUGGCUUCUUCAGCAGCAGAGCAGAAACAGAAGGUCAAACAGUUCCAGCAGCAGUCACAAAUCUCAAAGUCACAGAAAGCACAACUGGACGUCUAUCAUUUACCUGGACUGCUUCUCAAGGAGAGCUGGACAAGUAUGAUAUCUUUCUGUAUAAUCCAGAUGGCUCUCUGCAGGACAGAAUUUCAGGGAACCGGAAUCUGCAGCAGUAUUCUUUCCAGAACUUGGUGCAAGGCAGGUUGUACAAAAUGGUGAUUGUUUCCCAGAGUGGCAAACUUACUAAUGAAUCAUCUAUAUUUGGGAGAACAGUUCCAGCACCAGUUACUAAUCUCAAAGGAUCCAAUAAAAAUAUGACAGAGUCUCUGUGGUUCACCUGGAGCCCAGCAGCAGGAGAUGUUGACUAUUAUGAACUGAAUCUUUAUCACCCAAAUGGCACACAGAAGGAGGUACAGCAUGGAAAGGACCUGACAGAAUGGUAUUUCCAGGGCUUAGUCCCUGGCAGAAAAUAUACCCUUGUUGUAAUUACAUACAGUGGUGAUAUGACCAAUACAGCAAACACUGAGGGAAGAACAGUGCCCUUUCCUCCAAAUACUGUUUCAUUUGCUGAUGUCACAAACAUCUCUUUGUCCAUCACAUGGCUGGGCCCUCCUGACUGGACAGAUUAUGACGACUUUGAGCUGCAGUGGACCCCAAGAGAUAGCCUCAAUGUCUUUAAUCCUUACAGUAGCAGCAAGUCGAAAGGACGGAUUGUGUCUGGACUGCAUCCAGGGAGGCUAUAUCACUUCAGCAUCAGAAGUGUUAGUGGCAUCAUCCGGAAAACAUACAGCAAAUUGCUUUCUGGAACUGUGAGGACAAAGCCAGACAAGAUACAAAAUUUACAUUGCCGGCCACAGAACUCUACUGCCAUUGCAUGUUCUUGGCUUCCUCCUAACUCUGAUUUUGAUGGAUAUAGCAUUGAGUGCAAGAAAAUGGACACUGAAGAGAUUGAAUUUUCCAGAAGAAUAGACAGGGAAAGAACUGUGUAUAACAUCAUGAUGCUGGUGCCCCACACAAGAUACUUGGUGUCCAUCAAAGUGCAGUCAGCUGACAUGACCAGUGAAGUGGUGGAAGGCAACACCAUCACUAUGAUAGAUCGUCCUCCUCCUCCACCAGACCAUAUUCGAGUGAGCAAAAAAGAUGCAAUUAUUACUAAAUCUUCUAUCCACUUCACUUUCAAUUGCAGUUGGUUCAGUGAUACCAAUGGAGCUGUGAAAUACUUUACUGUAGUUGUGAGAGAAGCUGAUGGCAGUGAAGGACUGAAGCCAGAACAGCAUCAUCCUUUGCCAUCUUACUUGGAAUACAAACACAACAAUUCCAUCCGAACCUAUCAAACAAAUUAUUUCGCAAGUAAAUGCACUGAAAGCCCUGACAGCAUUUCAAAAAGCUUUGAUAUUAAGCUUGGAGCAGAGAUGGAAAAUCUGGGAGGAAAGUGCAAUCCAAAUCAUCAGAAGUAUUGCGAUGGACCACUAAAACCCAGGACUGACUAUAGAAUCAGCAUCCGGGCUUUCACACAACUCUUCAGAGAAGACUUGAAGGAACUUCCUGAACCCCUGUUCUCUGAUACCUAUUUCUCUUUGCCAAUCACUACCGAAUCAGAGCCCUCAUUUGGAAUCAUUGAAGGAGUGAGCGCAAGUUUAUUCUUAAUAAUUACACUGGUAGCCGUCACUGCAUUUCUUGUCUGCAGACGGAAAGUAAAUAGUGGCCAUGAACGACCAACAGCAAGGAUGAGCAUUCGCAGGGACAGGCCACUGUCAGUUCACCUCAACUUGGGACAAAAAGGGAGCCGGAAAACAUCCAGCCCAAUAAAAGUAAAUCAGUUUGAAAUGCACUUCACCAAACUUCAAGCAGAUUCCAACUACCUCCUGUCCAAGGAAUAUGAGGAUCUAAAAGAUGUGGGUCGAAACCAAUCAUGUGAUAUAGCACUUCUACCAGAAAACAGAGGGAAAAAUCGAUACAAUAAUAUAUUGCCCUAUGACACAACAAGAGUAAAACUUUCAAAUGUAGAUGAUGACCCAUGUUCCGACUAUAUUAAUGCAAGCUACAUCCCAGGCAAUAAUUUUCGUAGGGAAUACAUUGCAACUCAAGGACCUUUGCCUGGCACAAAGGAUGAUUUCUGGAAAAUGGCUUGGGAACAGAAUGUUCACAAUGUUGUCAUGGUAACCCAGUGUGUGGAGAAGGGCCGGGUAAAAUGUGACCAUUACUGGCCCUUUGACCAGGAUUCCUUAUAUUAUGGAGAUUUAAUUGUCCAGAUGUUAUCUGAAUCAGUGCUACCAGAAUGGACAAUACGAGAGUUUAAAGUUUGCAGUGAAGAGCAGCUUGAUUCCUCUAGAUUGGUCCGACAGUUUCAUUACACUGUGUGGCCAGACCAUGGUGUACCAGAAACCACCCAGUCUCUCAUCCAGUUUGUGAGAACUGUACGGGAUUAUAUCAACCGAACACCCCAAGCUGGGCCAACUGUAGUACACUGCAGUGCUGGAGUUGGUAGAACAGGGACAUUUAUCGCAUUGGAUCGAAUUCUUCAGCAGUUGGACUCGAAGGAUUCUGUAGAUAUUUACGGGGCAGUGUAUGACCUAAGGCUUCACAGGGUCCACAUGGUUCAGACAGAGUGUCAGUACGUAUAUUUACAUCAGUGUGUCAGAGAUGUUUUAAGGGCAAGAAAGCUACGGAGUGAACAGGAAAACCCCUUAUUCCCAAUCUAUGAAAAUGUGAAUCCAGAGUAUCACAGAGAUGCUGUGUAUUCAAGGCACUAAGGCUCUAACAGAUUCCUGCUUUUUGCAGCCAUAUCUGUUGUUGUUUAAUUAAUUUUUAAAAUAUUGUAUGCACUAUAAAAGUGCCAGAUGCCUUUGAAGUGGUGUAUAAUUUAUUGAUCUGGUGACAUGUUAAAGUAUAUAAUUUAAAUAUAAUAGAUAUUGUUGUAUAAAACUGUAUUUUGAUACUAUGUAAAUAUGUAUUUUAUCUAUAAUGUUUAUAUUCAGCUUCAGAUAAUAUUAUUUUUUCAUGCUCAAGUUAUUUUAAUGAAGACUUUUCUAUAAACUAUCUCAUGCUGGAACAGUAGGAAGACUUCUAAAUGUGAAAGAAAAAAUUACAGUACACUCCAAAACUGUUUUAAGCCUAAAGCAGUGGUUCUUAACCUUUGUUACUCUGAUGCUUUUGAACUGCAACUCCCAGAAACCCCAGUCAGGACA